AUGGAGACUUUCCAAAAGGAACACACCUCCGUGUUGCAAAAAAAAAAAACAGACGUGUACAUAACGUCAGGGAAGCCAACAAAAAUUUACUACGACAGAGUAAUUGAGGUUCUUAAUAGUGGCACCAAGCAAGUGGAGCUGGUCAUCGAUGGAGACAACAAGCAGGCAAACCAUCCAUGUAGACCAUCCGGGGAGGACCAAGUCUCCAUUUAUGCUGUUGGGACAAACAUCCUCAGAGCAUCGUACGUCUUGCAGGAUGUUAUAAAAUUUUAUUGUUCUUUUAUAAAGAAGGUACAACAAAUGGCCAAGAAGGAUAAAAAGCCAAAGAUUGACGUUAAAAGCAAAACGCUACAUAUGAAUGAUACCGUGAUAUCGAACACGUACACGGUAAAGGAAGAAUUCCUGGAGGACGACUACGAUGCUGUGAUAGCCUUUGCGAGGCAGCCUUACGACCCUACUUUGCACAAGUACAGAGAGAGGACCAAGGAGCGAAGAGUUACCGGAGUUGUCAUCUCGAUAAAGAAGAAUCCCGCCAUGUUGUAG